UGCUCUUCCGUUUUUCUCCGAACAAAUUGAUAGAAAGAAAAAUAAAAACGACAUUUUUGCCUAUUUUCUACCCGGUGAACCUUAUACGCAUCGUCUGAACAAAAUUCUUGAGGAAUAUCCGGAUGGAUCUCAAAUCCUUCGCGAAAUUCUUCAAAAUUCUGAUGACUCUAAAAGCCGCUCACAAAUAUUUUUACUGGAUCAUAAUACUUAUCCAACUAAUAAAUUAAUUGAGCCUCAGGUGAAUGGAUAUGAUAAAAAUGACUUGAAAUUAGGUCGAUUUCAAGGUCCUGCUCUUUUAUCAAAAAAUGAUGCCAUAUUUGAAGAACGUGAUUUUCAAUCAUUAUUGAAUUUGGCAAAUAGUGAAAAACGUGAUCAAUUCGAUAAGAUUGGGGUGAUGGGUGUAGGUUUUAAUUCUAUAUACCAUAUAACUGAUUCUCCUACAUUCAUUACUGGUGAUCAAUAUGUUAUUCUCGACCCACAUGAUUGGUACUUCAAUGGUGGUAUUAGAUAUAAUUUUAUUGAUGAUAAUAUUGCUAUCGAUUAUCCGGAUCAAUUUGCUCCAUUCAUUAAUUCGUUUGGCAUUCCAAAUAAUAAGGAAGUUAAUGGCACUAUUUUUCGUUAUCCUCUCCGUACCUCUUUGGAUGCUAAUGAUUCGGAAAUUUCGAAGAAUGAAUAUAAUUCAAGUAAAAUAUUAGAGAUAUUUGAUAAAUUUUAUAAUGAAAGCAUCAAAUGUCUUCUUUUCUUGAAUUCUGUUGAAAAUAUUAAAUUCUUUGAGCUAAAAGAAAAUGAGUCUGUUCCAAAUUUGCUCUAUUCGAUAGAGAUCGUAAAUGCCAAACAAAUACAUAAAAAACGUGACUUAAUUACUAGAAGAAUUAAUUCUUUGAUGAAGGGGCUUAAUGAGAAUAAACUUUCUGGUGAUACUACCUUGGAAUCUGUAUUUGUAGCAACUUUUCGUCAACAAAGAGGCAAUGAAAAGCCACAAGAAAGUCAGUGGAUUAUUUUUGGUUGGCUUGGUGAUUUAAACGCUACCGCAACUUAUUUUAAUGAAACUUUCAAGAUGAAAAUAACUGAUUAUAAGCUUAUUCCAAAUGUUGGAAUUGCUAUUCCGCUCAAUGAACUUGAAACAACUGGAAGAUUAUUUUGCUAUCUCCCUAUUCCGACGAUGUUAACACCAUUUUGUGCCUCUGUACAUGGUCAUUUUGCUGUCAGCACAAAUAGACGUCAAAUAUGGUCUACUACCGAUGCCGAAGAUUUGGCUGAGGGUACAUUGGCCAAACUCAAAGUUUCAUGGAACGAAUAUCUUUUUAAUAUAAUACUUCCACAAGCUUGGGCAAAAUUUUUAAUCUACCUUCCUAUCGAAAUACCCGAUAUGAAUGCCAAAGAUUUUUAUAGUUUUUGGCCAAUUGUUAAAAAAUCUGACUCUGGAGGUUUUUUUAAUAAUCUUUUAUUAAAUACUAUUAAGAAUUUACAAGUUACUGAUAAUGUCUUCUGUGGUCCUUCAAAAUCAUUCUCGCUUGGAAACAUGUCUAGUAUAUUACCAGCGUCUCGAAAGAUUUCUAUAACCUGUGAAACUAUGUUUCAUUUGCUGGCAAUUGAAAAUGGUUUCUUUCCAGAUGAAUCUGCUCAUCCUAUUAUUUCAAAAAUUCUUGAAAGCAUAGGAUUUCCUAUAAUUAAUAUUGAUCCUAAAAUAUAUAUCAGUUUGAAAAUAUCUCACCAUAAAGAUUCUUUAAAUAUUUGCUCUCCACAUGCUGUUAGAAUGUAUCUUAUUCAAAAUAAAUUGAAAUGGGAAAACCUAAAAAGGAAUGAUAUUGUAUCAUUAUUUAAAUAUGUAUUAAAGGACGAAAAUUAUGCGGAAUUAAAUGGCCUUACAAUGAUUCCGUUAACUGAUGGAACCUUUGGAACUAUUUCAACUAUUUCACAACAGGAAAACCAGAAAAAACAUAGUUUAGGAAUUAAAUCAAAGUCAAAAAAUUCAGUGUUUUAUAUUGGGCCUGAUCGUAAUAAUUCCAUUGGUGAUAAUGAUGAGCGAAAAAUCUUUAUAAAUCAUUUGAACAAAUUUAUUGAUAAAAACAUUCCUUCCGAGUUAUGGAAUCUAUUAUACAAGGGUGCUCAAGGUGGAUGGGACCUUAACAUAAAGAUCCUAAUCCCAUCCAUAGUAGCUACUAUGAUCAAAGAUGAAUUAAAUGGAUAUUCUGUCGAAUGUAAUGAGAUCACAUUGUGUGACUCUUAUAAUUGGAUUUUAAAAAUUUGGGCAAAUUUUAAAGAAAGGGAUUAUGAUCUGACGGUAUUUGAAGAUAUUCAUUUAUUACCUACUAAUAGAGGAACUCUUAGGAAAUUAAAAACAAGUCGAAAAUGUUUUUGGAAUAGUGUCGAUAAAAAACUUGACAAUAAUGUACAGCCUCUUAUUGAGAAACUUGGCAUCGUUUUUGUUAAUAAGAAAUUUGAAAAACUUAUUACUUAUAAUCGGUCAAAGUUAUUAAAAUACGUAAUUGGUCUUGAAAAUUUAGCAGAAGUUUUAACUUCCAUAAGCAAAGAUACUACAUUUCCAAAAAAUGUUCAGAUAAAACUCAAACCUCAAGAAGCGGAAAUAAUGACUAAUUAUUUACGCUAUUUAUCCCCUGACAAAUCUAUAAAUGAAGUCGUCAAAUAUCUUCCAAUUUUUACCGAGGUUGGUAAAAAUGAACUUAUCGAACUUGUGUCCAGUAAAAGAAAUUGGUAUUUGCUUCCAUCUGAAGACGAAAAAAGUUAUGGAAAAAUAAUUGCACCAAAUACUGUAGGAUUUCUUGAUACAUCAACACCCAAUAAAAGAUUUCUUUUAGAAAGCAUUAUAAAAGUUAAACGACUAUCACAGCAAGAAUAUUGGACUAAAUUCGUGAUCCCGUAUUUGGAAAAACAAACUCCUACAAUACUUGAAAUUGUAAUUAUAAAACUUUUUGAACGAUUACAACUUCUCCUUUCAGAAAAUCAAAAUUUAAAAUCUGAUUUGGGAAAUACGGCGUUUAUACCAGCAAGUGCGAUUCUUAAUGUACAGAAAAAAGAAAAGCAGGAUGUAUAUUUUGAAUUAAAAAAACCUUUAGAUUUAUUUGAUCCUAAUAAUCAUUAUAUUUCGGGAUUAUUUUUUGACAACGAACAUCUAUUUCCUGCCAGAAAUUUCUUGGAAAAGUAUCGUGACAUCUUUUUGACGCAGUUAAAAACGUUGGGAAUGAAAUUAUGGCUUUCUUCAAAUGAUAUUGUUCAACGGCUAGAUGUGUUUGCAAACCGAAGGAAGGAUGAAUUUGAUAUUGUGCAUAAAAAGUCACUGAAUCUAGUUCAAUACAUUGAUAAAAAUUAUGAUAAACAUUUAGAUAUAAAUCAAUUAUUACAGACAAGAGAAUGGAUACCAACAGUUGAUUUCACUGGUAGGAAGUUAUUUUCUAAAGCAAAUGAAUGCCGAAGCAUAAAGCAUAAAAAUUUAGUUGGACUUGUAAUGCCAAUUAUAGAUUAUUCUUUUGAGAAUAAAUCUUUCAUUAAAAAUAUGCAAUGGGAUACUUGUCCACCUGUUGAUAUUGUUCUCGCUCAACUCAAGGCCUGUUCAAUAAUGGAAACAAUACAUGAAAGUACUUCCGAAAUAUGUGAAGAGGUAUAUAAAUAUAUGAAUGCGAAGAUGAAACAAAAUUCAAACUUGGAUAAAUUUAAAGAGAAGCUUAAAGACAAAAAAUGGAUUUUUUGCAAUGGUAAAUUCUAUCCAACACACAAAGCUGUGAUCGAACUUGAUAAAAACUUGGGCAGUGGCAAUUUUAUACUCGUUGAACUUCCUUAUGCAUUUAAACCAUACGAAAAAUUAUUUAAAGCAAUGGGUGUUAAACAAAAAACAGAUAUCCCUCAUUUGAUAAAAAUCAUAAAAGAAAUUCCUUCCAAAAAGGCUUUAUCAGGUGAAGAAUUACGCGAUGUAGUAUCGGCUAUUGAGCUAAUUGCAAAUAGAAUUGAUGAACAAGGUGGUCAUCACGAAAGUUUAAAAGAUUUGCUAAUACCAAGUACAGAUUGCCAAUUAGUAAAUUUAUAUGAGAUUUUAUAUGAUGAUAUGAAAACAAGGUUGGAUGAUAAUGAGAAAAAUGGAUUAAAAAUAGUUCAUUCUAUGAUUUCUUAUUAUGUUGUAAAAACUCUUGGAAUAAAAAUGCUUGCUGAUUAUGGAGAAAUUUAUGAACAAAGUGAACAAUUGGCUGUUAGAAUAAAUAAUAUCAUUAGUGUAAGUAUAGUACAAGAUUAUUCGAUUGAAUCAAUAUUUAACGAAUUUCUACAGAAUGCGGAUGAUGCAGGAGCUAGAAAAAUUCGGUUUGUUAUUGAUCAUAGAAAAUGUAAUGAAUUGACUUUUAAUUUACCCGACCAAAAUGCAGACAAACAAAAUUCAUUAUUAUCCGAUGAAAUGAAUCAAUGGCAAGGACCGGCUCUAUGGAUAUAUAAUGAUGCAGUUUUUACUCCACAUGAUUUUGUAUCCAUAAAGAAACUUGGAAUGGGAGGAAAGAGAGAUGAUGAAACAAAAAUAGGAAGAUUCGGAAUUGGUUUCAAUUGUGCAUACCAUUUGACCGACUUGCCUAGCUUUGUUAGUGGAGAGCACAUAGUUUUCUUUGACCCACUACAAAAAUUUUUGCCAAAAACUGGAAACCCACCUUCAAGUCCUCGUGGAGUAAAACUUAAUUUUAUUGAUAAGGAUUUUAAAAAACGAUUUGAAAAUCAAGCAUCUACAUAUGUCAAAAUUUUUAAUUGUGAAUUUAAAAAGAAAUUUAAUGGAACUUUAUUUAGAUUACCCCUACGAACAGCAGAAAGUGAACUAUCAAGUCAAAUAGUAAACCCAAAUGAUCUUAAAAGCAAAAUUUUUGAAAAUAUACAAGGAAGUCGUGAGAUGUUAUUUUUAAGAAAUAUUGAACAAUGCAGUUUACAUCAAAUGGAUGAAACGGGCAAUCUAGAUUUAAUUUGGGAGGCAAAGAUUCAGAAUAUUAAUGAUAUUCGAGAACUUCGUAUUUCUCAUUCAGAUAAGGCAAAAUUAUAUCAACUCGAAAUGGAAAUAUGUUGUAGACAAAAUCGAUUCAAUAUAAACAGGAAAAGUUCAGAGAUUUGGUUAAUCUGCACUGGUGAAGGUGAUUUGAUAGACAAAUCAAAAUUUGGAGAAAGCUCUAAAGAGAUUAAUCUUGCAGCAAGAGGUGGUGUUGCUGCGUUAUUGUCUACGGGAGAAGAUAAAUCAUUGAAAGAGCUUAAAGCUGAAAAGUUUUCCAGUAUUCCAUCACUCAAGGGGAAGGUUUAUUCUUAUCUUCCACUACCAAUGUUUACAUCUCUUAGCGUUCAUAUCAAUGGUGCAUUUUUCCUGUCUAGUGAUCGAAAGAAUAUCGCUUUACAAGCCAAUAGUGAUUUCAUAACAGCAGAAACUAAGAUUGAGGACUUAAUAUCUAUGUCUGAGGGCAUGCCCAAUAUUAAGUCCUUUUUCAAAAAAAUUUUGAUAUACAUUAAAAAUCGUCUUACAAAAAAUAAAUCAAAAAAACUAGAAGAAAUUCGUCAUGUAAAUGAUAAAUCAAAAAAACCAGAGGAAAGUUUCUCAAUGUCCCCAACCCUAGAUGAAACAACAAUUAAAGGAGAAUGGAAUAGCUAUAUUUUGUUGGAUGUCUUACCUAAACUACAUGCCAAACUUUUAGAACACGUAACCAAUCAAUUGAUGUCGCCAUUUAAUGAUCAAAUUUUUUCACAAUUGUGGCCAAUAACGUUUUCAACUUCAAAUAUAUACCGAGAAUAUGGGUUAAAUGUGCUCCGGGAAUUAUACACUAAAGGAUAUAAAGUUUUUUGGUCCGAAGCAAAUGGAGGUUCUCUUACUUCAUUAGAUAAGGCGUAUUUUGUCGCCUCAAAUGAUUCAACUAUUGCAGAUUUUCUUAUAUCUCGAGGAGUAAAUUUAGAAAUUGUCAAAAUAUCUGAAGAUAAAUUUAAUCAUAUUAAAGAGAUGAUUAUAAAAAUGAAAUUUUCGUCUACCAAAUCAAUUACUCCGGAAUUAGUUUGUUCUUUGCUUCGGAAUAAUCCAAAUAUUCUGAAGGUUAAAAACGAAAAGUUGCAUAAGAUAGCAUUUCAGUUAUUAAAUUUUGUUAUUCAAGGCGACUAUAAACAACUAAAGGGUUUACAAUUACUACCACUUUGUGAUAAAUCCUUAGGAACUUUUGGUUCGCAAAUAUAUUACCUUGCGAAACAAGAAUUCCGAAAUUUAUUUCCUAAUGCAUUGUCAAAGUUUGUUGCUGAUCUACCUUUGAAUCUUCAAGAGAUCUUUAAGGACCUAUAUUUUUACAAUGAGCUCAAAAUUAGAUCUUUAGACGCAGAUUCCACUAUUGACUUACUAAAAUUUGUGCUAGAACGUGAUAAAGAAAUUGAUUGGAUGCCCUCCGGAAAACAAUAUCCAAAUGAAUAUUGGAUUGGGAAAAUACUGUCAAUAUUCACAGCACCGGAUGCAGUAUAUGACUUUAAUAGGCUGUCAAGAUAUCCAAUAUUGUCAACUUGCGAACCUUAUAACAAACUAGUUUUACCAGAUCGGCUUAACCCUUUAUUGAUGCUUUUUUCAGAUCGCCAAAUGGUAUCAAUACUCGUAAAGCUUGGUGUCAGAUUCACAAAGAUAAGUCUGAGUGAUGAUUGUAACCCAAAUAUUAAACAAUGUAUCUUGCAACCAACUACAACAAAUAAGAUUAAAUCUCUAGAAAUGACUAUUAAAAAGCUUUCAAUACCUUUGAAACAAUUAUUUGAUGAAAAACUAGAUGAAAAUGAUAUUAAAAGAUUAAGAUCAUUUAUCAAAAAUGAGUUUAUUACUGAUAAAAUGGAUGAUGAUAAAGAUAAAUUAAUUCAAUUUGUAAAAACCUUACCUAUAUGGCUUACCCAGUCACGUAGUACUUGUGUAUCCGCUCAAGAAGGAAUGUUACCUGAACCCGAAAUUCCUUUAUUCAAUAUUAAGGGAAAAUCAAAUAUUUUACUUAUAGAAUCUGAUUCAGACUUUUCCACAUUGCAUAGUAUAGGCGCCAAAGUUAUUGAUGCGGGGAAAUAUUUUAAAAAGCAUCUGGACUUACAAACCAUAAAAUUGGAUCAGCAAUAUAUUGAAUUUAUAAAGGCGGUCCUUUCUUUAAAAAAAAAUGAUAUUGAAAACUAUUUAUCAUCGCUUAAAAUAGUUCCCGAUUAUAAUCUCGCAAAACUUGUCAGAGCGAAUACUUUGUAUGAUAUAGAUGUCCCACUUUUUCGUAGAAUUUAUUGGGGUACAGGCAAAUUUCUACACCCUGCUUUACAGGAGAAUAUUAAAUGUUUAAAUGUUCUAAGAAGAAUGGGGUUAAUAUCUCAAGUCAAUUCUCAGACGUUUCUUGAAUGUGUACGUGAAAUUGGUUCAAGAAUUCAGACAAAUCAAUCUGAUCUGCUAAAAAAUGAUGCAAAAUUCCUAAUCGAAUAUUUAUAUGAACACUUGACAAAUUUAAAUUUCACAGUUGAUCAAUGGCAAGAGUUGAUAUCGAUCAAAUUCGUACCAGUAGAUACGGAUCUGGAAAGUCCAUUAAAUGAAACUGCUGUUGUAACAACAGGAUUUGAAUCGAUGAAUUCUAUGUGCUAUCAAGAGUAUAAACUACUCUGUUGGACACAGUGUCCAUUAUUUUUAAAAUCAAUAGAACCACCAAAUCCAUUUAGAAUUAAAUUUCCUGAAUUAGGUCAUCCUACAACUAGUACGAUUUUUGAUAAUUUAUAUUAUGUCUCGAAGAAUAUAUCUCGGUCGGGAAACGAAUCAUGGAAAUCACCAAAAGGAAUUCAAUUAAUUCUGGAUAUUGUAAAGAAGACAUAUGAAAUACUAGAAAAUCGACUUAAAAAUAAUGAGAUUUUCGAUAAUGAAAUAGUCUCACAUUUACAAACUAGUGCAGUAUUUUUGAAUGGUAAUGAUCCCUUUAUCCCUGAAGAUUGGGUUGCAGGAAAUACUCUCGUAUUCGGUGCAAAGAAAGAUAUUGGGACUGAGUUUCAUAAAGUCCAUAAUAAUUUGAAAAGAUUUGGGUUACUAUUGAAAAUUGCCAGAGCCAGGAAAAUCGAAAAUAUUGAAUUCAAUGUAGAACCUCAAGUUUAUUCGCAAAAAGAAAAGUUGUCUAGUGGGCUUUUAGAUAGAUUUGAAGAACAGGAUGUUGCAAAGCAUCAUGAUGUCGUGUUUCAAGUUCAUCAUGAAAGUGGGAUUGAGAAAAUCAAAGCUAAUCGAUAUGUUCUUUCAGGUAUAUAUUUGCUUAAGUUGUUUUAUAUAAUUGCUUGUAAUAUUGGUUAUUUAUUAAAUUAUGAAUUCACAGUUGCUUCGGAAUAUUUUAAUGCAAUGUUCUGUGGAAAAAUGAAGGAAGCUACAGAGUUUCAAAAAGUAACUGUUCCCAUCCAUGGUGUCGAACCUACAGCAUUCCAUGUUCUAAUUCGUUGGUUACAUGGUCAAACACUUGAAGAAGCAAUUUUAGCAGUUUUUAAAGAUUCAUAUAGGAUUGGAGACAAUGUAUCUUUAGUAAUGCCUAAGGGUUAUGCCCAGAGAAACAUACCUAAGGGUCAUGCCCAGAGAAAUAUGCCUAAGCGCAAGCCCUUUUUCAAAAAAAUUUUUACACGCAUAUAUAUAAAAAAUCGAAAAAAUCGUACAAAAAAUGUCUCUAAAUCAAAGAAACCAGAAGCAUGUCCAGGAAGCAUGCCUAAAUAUUUUUCAGCACUUUCAAAUUUAAAUACGAGAAGUUCUGGUGAAUUUCUGGUUGAUUUGCUUAAGGCUUCAAAUUUAUAUCAAAUAGAUCCACUAAAAAAUCAGGUUGAAGUAAUGAUAAUAAAAGGAUCUUAUGUUAAUAUUGACAAUGCCGUUGAAAUUAAUGAAUGGGCGAAAUUCCUUAAUGCAAACCAACUUAACAAUUAUUGUAAUGAAUAUAUAAAAGCGAAUAGAUCACUUUUAAUAGAUAAACAGAAAAACGAAAUAGCCAAUGCAGAUAACGAAGAGGAUAAAAGAGCCAAAGUAGAUAUGCUAGAGGCGCUAAAGGCUGACUUGCAUUCUUAG